AUGUCAAUACUCAGGCCGGAACGCUUGUCUGGAGGUUACGAACAGGUGCAGAUCUCCGAAGACAACAAUGCUUCGAGGUCUUGUGCUCGCGAGACAGAGUUACGACCGUAUGGAAGGCAGGGGACUCAGGGAAGCUGGUUGAAAGGACCCGAUCCGACGUACACGGCCAUCUCGAAUGACAGCCCAGUAUUGAGGUCACUUCUUGAAGAGGAGAAGGAGCAGCAAUCGAGGCCAGCCCCAGAGCAUAAGAAGCUCGGCACCCUCCUGAGGAAUUGGUGGAAAGAAGCUCCCGCGUGCUUUCUUAUGGUCGCGGCGGUCGCUGCGACCAUUGGGACACUAUACCCCUACCAAGGGCGCCCGACCCCGCAAUGGCCUUAUGCUAUCACUGUCAACGCAUUACUAUCUACUUAUAUGGUAGUGAUGAAAGCUGCGGCGACGUUCCCACUGACUGCAGGGAUUGCACAACAGAAGUGGAAGUGGUUUGAUGGAAGUCCAAGGCCACUUUGCGAUCUGGCUCUCCAUGACGAGGCAACUCGGGGGCCACUAGGUGCAAUUAUACUACUCCGGCGGGUCUCUAUUCGGCAUGUGUGGCAUUGGUUGGGGUGCCUGAUGAUAGUGCUCGUCCUUUUCGUCGACCCGUUCACUCAGCAAGUGCUUCACUACUCGGACUGCAACAUUCCACACCCAUUCGGUGUUGCGACCAUACCUCGCUCCAACAUUUUCAUGGGAAAUGGCACGCAUGUUGGUGCGGGACUAAUCAGCAUCACAUCGCGAGAGCAAGCGGCCCUUGAGGCCGGAGUAGUGGCACCAGGAGGUCAAGUCGAUAUUCGGUGCUCUUCUGGCAACUGUACCUUCCCUGAUUUUGAAACAAUUGGGUACUGCAGUCGAUGCAUAGACCUUUCGCAAGAGAUCCAGGUGCGGGUGCAGGAUCUUGUACAGGAAGGAGCUCUAACGUCCUACCGAGUCAACACAUCAAUACCGGCCAAAUCUCCACAAGGCCCAGACAAUUUCUUUGAGGUCGACCCAGAAUUAAGCAAUCUCUAUGAGCCUUGGAACGGUACUAACUAUGCGACUGAUUUUGCUGCAUUUGGGGUGCUUUCCAAACACCACUAUCGAUUCCUUGUUGGCGUACUCGGGCCUGAAUUCGGUGUCUCAACGGCCGACGACUUCACGAUAAGACCUUACGAUCCUUUGGGCCGCCUGCAAACCUUCAAUUGCAGCGACGCCGCAACGAACAACACCUGGCGCUGUCAUGCGACUGGGUACGCAGAAUGUUCUUUGUAUCCAUGUAUCAAAACAUAUAACGCCACGGUAACGAACGGCAUCCUACACGAGACGCGUAUCGCUGAGUCGCCAUUGAACUUCGAUGAGAAUGUCCAGGACAGCGACGCAUAUACCGCCGUCAACACAUCUUGCCUUUUAUCAUCGGAAAAGCAUUUUCUAACCAAAGAUUUGAAUUAUACUAUCGGCCCAAACAGUCUUUGGGUACCAUACAACUUCUCCGGUAAUCUAGACUACAAGGGAAAAAUUCCAGCCUACAUAUCGAACUCUUCAGAGCUCAAUGACUUCGAAUACAACAUUCAGUCCCGUGGCUGUGUAUACGGCCUCUCCAUGCAAUUUGACCUGUCUCUAGGUGUGGUGUAUGCCAACUCCUCCUGGACGGGUAGUCUCACUGGGUACCGAAACAACUAUGGCGGCCUUUCUCGCUUCAGCGGUCCCCAGAUUCUACAGACUCUCUACAAUUGGGGAGACUUUUCCUUUGAGAGGACGCAGGAUGUGUUCAAGAAUAUCUCAGAAUCUUUGACAAGGCAUAUGCGGCAAAGUGGCUUGGCUCAGAAUGGCUAUGACCGUGACGAUUACAACUUCACAAGACCAUCCCAGGGGCAGGCGUACGUGGAUAAGACAUGCCUAAGCGUCCAGUGGGCGUGGCUCAAUCUCCCUGCGGUCCUUAUCGUCGGUACCUGGGUCUUCUUUGCUGCGACGACCCUGAUCGGAAGAGGCAACAUAACAAGUGAAGCAAGAACAUGGAAAAGCUCAAUAUUGCCAUUGAUAUUCUGUGGACCGCAACAACAAUCUGAAUCUAGAUCUGCGCUGCGGGAUGUCCAGGAGAUGGAGCGCUUCGCAGCAAGGAUGGAUGUGCAGCUGGUGAAAGAGGACGGUGGGGCGAUGUAUUUGCACGAGUAUCGUCGGGAUGCGCAGCUUUUGUGA